CGCGCGUGCGCCAUGCGAGCUGUGCAUGCGACUCCUGCCCGUCCCUUGCUGCUCCCCAGCUUAACUCAUCUCUUCACGCACUGUACUCUGUUUCUGUCGGCGUCGACCAUUGCACCUCACGAGACUGGAACGGCAGCAUGAACCAAGGGAAAGGGAAAGCGGAAGGGUCGAGCAGUCACGCGAUGGAGGCAAGCAAGAAGGCAGCCUUGCAGCAAUACCUCGACACAGAUGGACACUUUUCACUCGUCAGAAACUUUCGGUUGGCAGACCUCAUCACAAUUUCGAACGGCGUCUGCGCCUCUCUGUCCAUAUUCAUGUCCGCGAACUAUCUGGCUACCAAUGACGAGGACUACCUCUGGUCGGCCCUCGUACUUCCUUACCUUGGACUGACAUUCGACUUUCUGGACGGGAAGGUUGCGCGGUGGAGGAACGAGAACAGUCUGGCAGAUCUUAUAUCGUUCGGUGUCGCACCAGCACUGCUUGCAUUCGUAGUUGGUUUGCGGACAUACCUGGACACCGUGGUGCUCACUGCGUUCAUUUGCUGCGGCCUGGCACGCCUAGCACGAUUCAACGCCACAGUUGCAUCGGUGCCCAAGGACGCGAAGGGCAAGUCCAAGUACUUCGAGGGCUUGCCCAUACCAACAUCUCUGCUCCUCGUCGCCGUUCUGACAUACUGGACGAAGAUGGGAUGGAUCCAUGGCAAGGAGGGCAUCCCCCUUGGCACCAUCACGCUAUGGGGCUCUAAGGGGGGCAAGGGCGAGGUGCACCUUGUGAGUGCGAUGUUUGGGACGAUGGCUGCGGCGAUGGUCAGCAAAACGCUACGGGUGCCGAAAGUCUGAAGGAAUGAAUUCACGAAGGACACGUCUGGUCAUGAUCUGUGAUGUACGCGCUGAAGGGUUGUCUGGGGAGUCGCAAACAAGCUAUCUGUAUAGUCUACGCGACCGUGUAUCACACCUCGCCUCUACUCUCAAUAUAUCCCGCAUCAGUACACAGAGCUC